AUGGAGAAGUCCGCUGGUAUGGCUUGGGAUAGCCGCGAUGGCUCGCCGACUGACAAUUAUCACGAACGCGACGUCUUUGGAAACGAACAGGGGCAUGACAUCAAAUACAAGACACUUAGCUGGCAAAUCGUGGCGAUUUUGAUGAUUGCUGAGAUUGUUUCCAAUGGAAUGCUCUCUUUGCCUUCGUCGCUGGCGACGGUCGGGAUGGCGCCCGGAUUGAUCCUCAUCAUAUUCUUUGGUGUUUUCGCCCUGUACACUUCAUGGCUACUCGUCAAGUUCAAGCUUCGCCACCCAGAGGUCCACAACAUGGGCGACGCUGGAAUGAUCAUGUAUGGACCGAUUGGACGCGAAAUCUUCUCCUUUGGUACUCUUCUCUUCGCCGUGUGCCUUGCAGGUGGCCAAAUGCUUUCCGGACAAAUUGCCCUUUCGGCCUUGAGUGACAACGGACUAUGCAACCUGAAGUUUGCGGGAAUCUUCGCCGCGGCAACCUUUGUCUGCUCGCUUCCACGUACAUUUGACGGCCUAGGCUGGAUGUCUAUCCCCAGCGUCCUGUGCAUUCUGGUUGCUGGAACCGUUGGAAUGGUCGGCGCAGGUCUGAAAGGACCAUUCCCUGCGGAACCAGUAGUCGUCGUGGCCACUCGGUCAUCGGACUUUUACACGGCCUUUUUUAGCAUCACUAACCCCGUUUUCGCAUACUGCGGACACUUCAUGUUCUUCGCCUUGAUGUCCGAGAUGAAGCAGCCUCGUGACGCCAUGAAGGCUGCGUGGUCUCUACAAGGCUUCGCCACAUCCUACUACGCGAUCUUCGCAGCCGUCACCUACGGCUACAUCGGCAUGAACGUCAAAUCACCCUCAUUUUCUUCCCUUGAUCCAACCUGGGCGAAAGCCGCAUACGGGAUUGCCAUUCCCAACCUCUUGAUCGCUGGAUCCUUGUACACGCACACGGCCAGCAAGAUUCUCUUUCUCAGACUUUUCCGAAACUCCCACCAUCUCCACUCCAACACGAUUCUGGGCUGGGGUGUUUGGGUAGCACUUGUUGCGUUGAUGAACGGCAUCGCCUUUGUGCUGGCCGUCGGAGUACCAAUUUUCAACUACCUGAUUGGUCUUACUGCAGCGUCGUUUGCAGCGUGGUUCACUUAUGGAAUCGCGGGAAUGUUCUGGCUUCACGAUUCGUAUCACGAUGGUCCAGGCACACUUUCCUGGAGAACGCGAUGGCCUGGCACGCUCAUGGCAGUUUCGACUGUCGUAGCAGGUCUGUUCAUCUGCGUGGCGGGCUUGUAUGUGAACAUCAGGGGUAUUCUGAUUGCAUAUGACACCGGAGCCAUUACCGAACCUUUCAGCUGUGUAGCUGGCACAUAG